GUUCAGUUUCAAGUCCAUCCACGCGAGGAACGUGAAAAUAUUAUUGGCACACCCGAAAAUGUUUCGUUUUCUUAUUGUGAUAUGGUUUAUUCUUUUGCCUAGUGCACUAUUGCAAACUGAAAAUCCAUACAUAUGUGAAGAAACUGUAACGGUUGAGUACACUGCCAGAGAACGUUUGCCAGUGGAGGCCUAUGGAUCAUUUGCAGAAAGUUUUAGGAAAUAUGGUAUUCAAGGUGCAAUGCAAGAUGUGUUGAAAACGAGGCUGGAGGUCCAUAAAGUUUGCUGCCCGGGGUAUGAGGACACAAAUCCAUUGAAUCUAAGCUGCCAGGCGAUUUCAACGACCACAACAGAGUCGUCUGACUUUUAUGAUGAAACAACUACAAUUAAUGAACUGUUCCAAAGUUUCACCAGAGAGCAAACAGGAUUCGAUCAAUGGGUUAUAAUAUGUGGUGCUCUCUUAGUUGCCACUGCCUUCGUAGCUCUAACAUUGUUGACUUGGCACUAUAUAAAACAAAAAAGGUUGCGCAGGGCUAUGGAAGGAAACGACGUUGGCAAUGAACUUGAUGCACGCACUGCUUUAUUUGCUGAGACAUAGAAUUUUGAGAACUAUAAAAUAAAUUUAACAAAUAAAUUUUUACAAACUUUCCAGUAAAUAAUAUAUAUUAUAUUUUGAAUUCGGCGCAAUUGAAUAAUUAGUAUCAUGCAAACUAUGUAGUUUCAUUACAAAUGUAAUUCAUGCAUGAAUCAUCGCUCAUUGUUGAUAGCAAGAGUAUAUUUUAUAAAUACACAUAUGUAUACACACAUAUAUAUGCAAGAUAUCUUAUGUUAUAUAGUACAUUCUAGAAGGCAAUGAAGCCGCACAGCUCCGUAUUGGCAACUGAGAAAUUUAGUUACUCGUACAUUGAGUAUGCAUUAUUGCAAUCAUCGUUGAUUAUUUAACGCUAAAAAUGUCAAAGGUCUGGAUAUUCAUUUCAUUUAAUCUAUUAGUGAACUGCAUAAAUUGUGCAAAAGAUCCUCAUAUGUGCGUCAAAGA